GAUAUUUUAAUCUUUCACUUUGGUGGAUGUCCGACCUGGGUGGAAGAGCUCUCCCACCAGUGUGUUGUGCGCAAGCAGCCUGCACAGCCCACAAAACCAAAGUCCAACAUCUGGAGCAGUCUGGGCUUCUCCUCGUCCUCCUCCUCCAAUUCCCAGCAAAACGUUAAGAAACAUCUCUCUGUUGAGGCAGAAGCCCUCCACCUGGGCCCUCUAGUCUCCUUUCAGGGUCGAAUCACCUGUGUUAUCGUCUUUAAUGAGGCUCUGCCCGACAAUUAUGUCAAGUGGGUCGUUCAGGGUGGUAAGCUUCCUUAA